ACUCUAAACCUCCUGGCGUGUUGACUCUAAACCUCCUGGCGUGCGCCUUGCUGAGCGGCGACAUGCACACGCAGCUGGUGGGCAUCAUCCUGGGCAUCAUCGGCCUCCUGGGGACCGGCCUCAUCUGCGGACUGCCCGCCUGGAAGGUGACGCCCUUCGUGGGCGCCAACAUCAUCACAGCUCAGAUAUUCUGGGAGGGUCUGUGGAUGAACUGCGUGAUCCAGAGCACGGGUCAAUCGCAGUGCAAGGCCUACGACUCCAUCUUGGCGCUGCCUCGCGAGCUGCAGGCCUCCCGGGCCCUGGUGUGCGUCUCCUUGGCGGUGGGCGCGGUGGCCGUCGGACUGGUUGUGCUCGGGGCUCGGUGCACCAGCUUCUUCCGCCACGACUGGCCCACCAAAAACAACGUGGGGAUGGCGGCCGGCGUGGUCUUUGUGCUCGCCGGCGUCCUCGUCAUCAUCCCUGUCAGCCUGAUGGCGCACAGCAUCAUCACGGGCUUCUUCAACCCGCUGCCCAGCGAGGAGAGGCGGGGGGAACUGGGCGCCUCCGUCUAUGUGGGCUGGGUCUCGGGAGCGCUGCUCGUCAUUGGCGGGGUGCUCAUUUGCUCAACGUUUCAUCUCAACUGGACGCAGCAGCAUGGCGGCCGAGCCCCAGCCGAUGUAGAGCGCGGCGCCGAGCUCCCGCCUCUGAGCGGCGGUCACCAGCGGGUUGUAGAAGUCCCGGAUGACGGUGUGGGCCGACCACGACACGGGGAUCAUGACGAGCAGGGCGCCGAUGACGAACAUGACGCCCGCCACGAUGCACGCUUUGGCCUUGGCCGUCUCGUCCUCCACGCAGUUGGUGCACUUCCCGCCGGCCGCCGCCACCAGCACGCCCAGCACGCCCACCAUCACCGAGACCACCACCAUGGCGCGGGCCGCCUGCAGGUCCUGGGGCAGCGCCAGCAUGGAGUCGUAGACCUUGCACUGCAUCUGGCCCGUGCUCUGCACCACGCAGGUCAUCCACAGACCCUCCCAGAUCACCUGCGCCGUCACGAUGUUGGCGCCCACGAACGCCGUCACCCGCCACAUGGGCAGGGCGCACGUGACGAUGGCGCCCACCCAGCCCAUGAAGGCCAGCAGCACGGCCAGCAUCUGGAGGCCCUGAGACGCCAUCGCCGACGCUUGGGGAUCCAAAUCUUUGCCGGACGCCGGCGCCGAGGCUUCGGAGCGUGCGGCGCUGUACCGAGCCGUGUAGGACUCCUCGCCCUUGGCGGGGCAGUUGCAGCACAACAUGCCGCCCCCGAUGAUCAUCAGGGCGGCCGCCCCCCAGCCGAUGUAGAGCGCCGCCCCCAGCUCUCUCUUCUGGGCGCUGACCACCAGCGGGUUGUAGAAGUCUUGCACCACGCUGUGUGCCGUCCAACACACGGGGACCAGGCAGAGGACGCCGGCGAUGAUGAAGACUGCGCCGGCGGCGAUGGCCACCUUGGUCUUGGAGGCCGGGUUCUUCACGCAGUUGGUGCAUUUCCCCCCCGCCACCGCCAGCAGGAUGGCCAUGACGCCCACCACGAUGGAGAUGACCAUGAGGGCGCGGGCGGCCUGCAGCUCAUCCACACGCCCUCCUGCAUGGUCUGCGAGGUCACGAUGUUGCUGCCGAUGAACGCCGUCACCCUCCACAUGGGGAGGGCGCACGUGACGAUGGCCCCGAUCCAGCCCAGGAUCCCCAGGGCGGCGCCCAGGAUUUGGAAGCCCGCUGACACCAUGGCUCUUCCCCCGUCUGCUUUUUGUUUGUUUUUUGUCUCUGAGGGACUGAAGGGUCUGGUCCAGUGGUCAGUCAUCAAGCUUGACCCUGGCCGAUCAUUACCCACUGACAGCCAUAAACAGGACACGCCCGCUGUCACCAUGGGCGAAAGGUUCAGCCAUAAACCAGGUCUUUGUUUGAAAAGCAGCAUCCCCACGCCCAGAGUGGACCGGGAAGAGCGGACGUUUGAGGAAGUUCUCCUGGCGAAAGCAACCGGGAUCUUUGGCGGGAACGAGGGACUGACUCUGUGCGCCAUGUCGUCUUUCGGACUGGAGUUGGUCGGCGUCUCUGUGGCGGUGGUGGGCUGGCUUCUGAGCGUGGUCAGCUGCGCGCUGCCCAUGUGGAGGGUGUCGGCCUUCAUCGGCGCCAACAUCGUGACGGCGCAGGUGUACUGGGAGGGCCUGUGGAUGACCUGCGUGUUCCAGAGCACGGGCCAGAUGCAGUGCAAGGUCUACGACUCCAUGCUGGCGCUGCCCCAGGACCUGCAGGCGGCGCGCGCCCUCACCGUGGUGUCCAUUAUCGUCGGGGUGCUGUCGCUCCUCAUCUCCCUGGUCGGGGCCAAGUGCACCAACUGCAUCGAGGACGAGGGCGCCAAAGCGCGGGUGAUGAUUUCCUCCGGCGCCGGCUUCAUCGUGGCGGCGCUGACCCAGUUGGUGCCCGUGUCGUGGUCGGCCAACACCAUCGUGGUGGAGUUCUACAGUCUCAUCAUCCCGUCCGGCCAGAAGAUGGAGAUCGGGGCGGCCCUGUACCUGGGCUGGGCCGCGGCCGCCCUGCUGCUGAUCGGCGGCUCCAUCCUGUGCUGCAGCUGCCCCCCGAAGGAGGAGAAGGCCAGCAGGUACAGCAUGCACCCGCAAAGCCGCGUGGCAUACUCGGCCGCCCCCAAGUCCACGGCCCAGAGCUCCUACAACCGGAGGGACUACUUGGAGUCUAUUCAUCGCAAAAGGACUUUCUUCUGCUUUGACAGUCAAAUGAGGCGAGUCACUUCCGCCUCAACACGGAUGACGCGUACAGAGUCUCACCGGCUCGCCUAUACAGUCGAUGAAGUCAUAAAGUUGGAGGAGUGUACCGUCCCGCCAUCCCCUCACUUCCCUACAGCGAUCAAGGACAAAGGAGGCGCCGCCAUGUCGAUGGGCUUGGAGAUCGUGGGCAUCUCGCUGGGCAUGCUGGGCUUCCUGAUGGCCAUCGUGACGUGCGCCCUGCCCAUGUGGAAGGUGACGGCGUUCAUCGGCGCCAACAUCAUCACGGCGCAGGUGAUCUGGGAGGGCCUGUGGAUGAACUGCGUGACGCAGAGCACGGGCCAGAUGCAGUGCAAGGUCUACGACUCGCUGCUGGCGCUGUCCCCGGAGCUGCAGGCCUCCCGGGCCAUGAUUAUCAUCGCCAUCAUCCUGGGCGUGCUGGGGGUGCUCGUCUCCAUCAUGGGCGCCAAGUGCACCAACUGCAUCGAGGACGUGGGCGCCAAGGCCCGGGUCAUGAUCGUCUCCGGAGUCUUCUUCGUGCUCGCCGGCCUCCUGGUCCUCAUCCCGGCCUCCUGGUACGCCAGCGUCAUCGUGCGCGACUUCUACAACCCCAUCGUGACCAACGCGCAGCGGCGGGAGCUGGGCGCCGCCCUCUACAUCGGCUGGGGCGCCGCCGCGCUGCUCCUGAUUGGCGGCGCCAUGUUGUGCAGCAGCUGUCCCCCCAAAGACAAACGCUACAAGCCGCCCAGGAUGGCGUACUCUGCCCCGCGCAGCAACAACGGGCCCGCAGCCACGCACGACCGCAAGGACUACGUUUGAACCCCAAUCUGUGUGUGUGUGUGUGUGUGUGU